CCGCCGCCUUCCGUUACGGCUGAAAGUCCGCUCUUUCAUUGGUCUACGACGCGAAAGACAUGCAAAUCCCGAGACCGCCGUCGCGCCCCGCUGCCACCGGCACGUCCGUACGACAAUAUUGUACGUAAGCGAUUCGGUUUGCAAUUCGCCCGGCAGAGUGCCAGUCACGGAACAACUCCGGACGACCGCCGAUGCGACACCGAAUAAAACGCGGCGGAUCCACGGACGUGUUUUUCUCGGUUCUGCGAUAUUUUUCUCAUUCCGCCGGCCCCACUGUUUUCGUCGCGACCCUGCCAGCAACGUUCCAGUGCGCACUGAACGCGUUAUACACACGUCUAAUAAUAGCGCGCGGUCCCCGUAACGAUCACAAUGUGAUUACGGCAUUUUACGAUAUUCGACCGUACGGGUAAUGACCGCAUCGGCAACAAUAUAAUCACAGUAAAUAACAAUAACAAUAAUAAUAAUAAUAAUCGUCAUGUUUCUCCGACGUACGGUAAUACCCGCCCGGUCCGUCGGUACGCGUUUGUUUGUGAAACAAUUCCGCGUCGAUUUCUCGUUCUGCCGUUAAUAACACAGCGCCGCAUGAUGUAGACCGGUCAAGAGAGGUAAGCCCCGGCGACACCGCGACAUGAUCGGAGGUGCUGGUAAAAGAGGUCCGGCGGCGCCCGGAGGAAGCAAUAAACCGCCUUCGUCCACGGCUACCGCGGCAGCGGCGGCCGACGACAAGGCGUCCACGGCCAGCGGAGUGUCCAAGGGUGACGAAAAAAAAGACGAGACUAAAGGUAACUUUAUUAUUGUAUAUUAUAAUGUUCGCAGUGGUUACGCAUAGUGCAAAUGCCAAACAAUAAUUCAUAUAGAAACAUUUUGAUAUCCGUCGUCACAUUAACAACAAAAAUAAAAUGUGAUAAAAUCCAUAACCGAUAAGUACGACAGCAGCGUCGGGUUUACCUAUAAGCAGGUGGUUGAAGCGGCAAAAAUUGUAGUGAUGUCAAAUUUAUUACGACCAUCAGCUCUCUCAGAAAAUUUGUUUUCGAUAUUUUCAGCCGAUGAUUUAAAAUGUUUUUUUUUUUUUUUUUGAAACACCAACAUUUAACCAAAGAUCAUGGCGGCUUAUUAAUCUUUCAUGUUGUUGAAAAAAAACUUUGAGUUAACACACAAAAUAUUAUACGUAGAUAAGUACUUUAAAUUACCAACAAAUGUUUAGGUCAACUACAAUCUUAAAUCGUUAUAAUUACGAAAUUGAAUUUUGCAUAUUUUGAGGUUUUUUAAAAUUAUUUAUAGAAAUAAAUAAUAACAUAUAAAAAUGAAUACAUGUUUUACUUAGUGUAUGUUAAUAUGUUUACCACUUCCAAAUUGUGUCUUUCUAAGGUACCUAACAAUAUAAAUAAAUUAUAGUUUAAACCGGAUCCCUUAUUCCCUUUAAUGAAAGGGCAGCGAAUUUCUUUCAGUUUUUAGGCAAACUGCUUAAUCUGCCUCUGUGUUCAGUAGUGCAUUAAUAAAUCAUAUGUAUUAUAAAAACAAGUCACACAUAUUAUUAAAACAUUGCCAUAACAAAUAAACCACAAAACAGGUAGGAAUGUAGGAUCUAUUUCCGAUAAUAUUACCGAAUUCCUAUUAACCGUUUAACUACCCAUGUCUAAUUAAAUAUUAAAAUGGAUUUACACGUUAACACGACGCAGUAACACUUAAUAAUAGAUCAUUCAAAAAAAUAAAAUCCAGGAUCUACAAAUAAAUUUGUUUUAUCUUUAUAUUAUUUUCAUAAAUAAAAUUUUGAAAAUGAUAAAAAUUGAAGAGAUUUUUACAGGUGCUUUAAAAAUAAUCCCUUAUGUAUAUUCUAUAUCAGUAGGUAAGUUUAUUUUUAAAAAAUAAGUAUUGUAAUGAUAAUCUGUAAAAAAUUAGAAAACAAAAAUUCUAAAACAUUAUUUAUUAUACGGUACCCAUAUUAUAUAUUAUAUAUUGUACGUAGGUACCCAAAAUGUCAUUCCCGUUUAAAAAUAACAAUUUUAAAUUACUGUUGCUAUACUGAAUAUAUGUACUUAGUGACGACCGGUCAAUUUAAUUAUUCCAAAAAGUAUAAAUUAAUUAAUAGAAUAAAAAUAUUUUAAAUACGAUCGCAUUAGUAUUUUACACUUUUCUAAUAAAAGUAGCUAAUUAUCAUAAUAUUAUAUCUUAUUGAUUAAUCUUAGUUAUAGGUGAUAACAUUUUAAAUCACAGUACAUUUUUAUCAAAGUACCGACGUGAUUAUCUCCAAAACUGUUCCUAUAUUUUAGUUUUAUUUGUGUGUAAUAUUGUAUAGUACUAUAUACCUACUUAUUUUUAUUUUUCUAAAAUUAAUUCCGAAAUAUUUUUACACUUAUUAUUCUGCAUUUAUAUCGAUUUCCUUACUAUGAAAUAAUAGAUUUUUUGAAAUUGAACUUUUAAGCGUUACCUACCUACCGAAUUGUACUAAAUAAAAUCACCAUUUAAAAUACCAUAUAAUAAAUCCGACAUCAUUAUAAUAUGUGCUGCAUCCAAAUUGGUUCCCACACCUAAACAUUAAAAUCCGAGUUGGUUCCCGAUAUUCUAGGUGGCACACAUCCUAAAUAAUUCCCGAUAAAGACUUCCGGAAAAAGCGAAAUUCAAACUAACAAAUAUACAAUAACAUAUUAUUUAUGUAUUGGUAAUAUGUAGGCAGUCUUAAUUCUGUAAAAAAUGAGAUAAAAAAUCAAAAUUGCUUUUAAAAUAAUCUGGGAACCAAUUCGGAUAUACCCUUCGUAACAACCCGAGAACCAAUUCAGACGUUUCGGGAUCAAUUCGAAUACACCGAUAAUAUGAUUUUUUACAAUGACUGAAAUGAUUAUGGUACUGCAGUUGAGUGCGGCGAUCUUUCCAACAUUAAUAUUUUUUUAUCAAUAUAUAUAUUAUACAUAUCAAUAUUAUUAUAAGUGCAAAUAACAUUUUAUACAUAAAUAUUUUUUAGAUGGAGUUGUACCAACAAAUUUACCAAGUCCGGGCUCGUCCAUAAGAGACGGAGCUCAGCGAAUUUUACAACUAUGCUUAAAGUCAGAAUGGCCACCAUUAGAUCAGGCACUUAAGGUAGUCGAAAAACUAAUAGCGGCUGGGGGCGAAGAUGUGACGUCAACACCGUUAGCUGGUGUAGUAGACCAGGUAAUUUUUAUUAUUUACAAUUUAGUGAAUUAUCAACAUUUUAAUUGUACCCAUGAUGCGCAAAUAUUUUUUUAUGGUUGAAAAAAACCAGGGGUUGAUGUCCAUUAUAAAAUACGCGUGGACGUUGGAAAACUAGCACAACCGGAAAAGCGUCAUGGUCCGUUGACACGCGAUUUACCUACCCUAAAGGCCACAACUUGAACUUAACACAUACAUUACAUGAUUGAAGUAAAUUGUCUAAAUUGGGCUAAGAAAAUUAAUAAGGAACAUUUAUUUGACCUCAACAAGACGAACUGAUAUUAAUUGCAAUACUGAAUUAAUUUCUUAGUGGACUAUUGUAGGAAAAUAAAAGUAUUUUUUUUUUAAAUUUAAUCUUUAAACUGAAAGAGUUUAGAAAAAAAUCGAUUUUUUUCUAAAAUAAAUUACUAGUUAUUUUUCUGAUUUAAAAUUCCUUAUAAAACCUGUUUAAAAAUCGUUUGAAGUUUAAUUUAAUCAGAUUUAAAGAUUUUUAUUUAAAGAGAUAAACUAUACUUACUCAUGUGUAAAAUAUCAAUUCAUUAUACUUACAUAUUUGUGUGUAUAAUAAAAAUCCAAUGUGUGUAAUACAACUUGUAUUAUAAGGUGUAUACAAUUUAUAACAAUUAUGGCAGCACUUUAUAGACGUUAAUAAACUACAAAAUUUUGUUUUUCAUUGAGUAAUAGGGACAUAAGAUGGUCCAUUAGCAUUAUAUACAUUUUUUCUUUAUUGCAUAAUUUAAUAAAUUGAAAUUUAGAUAGGUAUUUUAAAAUAUAAAACUCAACAGGUACAUUGAGAAGAUAAGUAUAGUCAAUGGUCAUCGAUAAUAAAACUUUAAAAUAACGAUUGAAUUCUAGAAUUGAAUAAAGGAAAUGUAGACAAUUCCUGAUAGUAAAUCAUGGAAUUCAAAAUUAAUAUUAAUAAAUGGAAGCCUCGUGGAAGGGAAUUAAAUUUUUAAAAUGGUUAUAAAAAAAACUACUACAUUACGGUCAAUUUUUUGUUUUAACCACAACUUACUACAAAUAAUAUGUUACAUUUUCAAGCAUUUCUGAUAGUUCAAACAUUUGUAUCCAUUUACUAACCAAACAAAAACCUCUAUAUCUAUGUUUAGUUCAAAAAUUGCCAGAAUAUUUUAAACAUUUUACCAUAUCUAUAAAAGUCCAAUAUAAGUAUUCUGUUAAAUAACAACUAAAAACCAGAGUUUAAAAAAUACCGUUAUUUCCAUAAAUUUUCCUAUUUUUCCUAUAAGUUAUGUUCCCGUUUUUGGCCAAUUUUUAAGAAAAAUAUAAUAUCAUAAAACAGCUUAUUUACUCAUACACUAGACUAAAUUUGAAGCAAUAUUUCUGGUUGAAAAGAAAAUUGGAAAUCAUUUAAAAUAAUAUAAUUGUUAACACCGUACAUUUCUGGUUUUUUCCAAUUAUUAUGAAAACUUUCUUGAAAAAUCAAAAAAAAACUUUUCCAAUGCACCAACUAGAUCCAGCAAAAACAAUAUCUUGUCAUUUUAUGAUUGGAGAAAUAUUGGGGUAGGCAGAAAAUAAAACUUAUUAUAUUAAAACCAAUACAGUCCUCGCUUCGUUUAAAAUUUAAAGUUUGUUGACAAAAUUAAAAAUUAAGGACACAUUUUUAAAACUAAUAUACUUCAACGUCAAAAAAAAAAAAAUCCAAUUAGUAUCAAACUGCAUUUUGUUUCUAUUUAUAUUUUAUGUUGUCAGCUACUAAAAACGUCUUUAUCUAAUAUUUCUUUAUGUAUUUCAACUGUGUCUUGACAUAAAAUAAUGAUAUAUGAUGAUAUACAUAAAAUCAUAGUAAAAAAAAAAAACUAGGUCCGCUCUUGAAGAUGUUAUACAACAAUUUGUAUGUACGAAUGAUGAACUUGUAAAUAUAUGAUGAUCCACGAAGUAUAAUAAACUCUGAGCGGAACGAGGAAUGUGUUUUUAUUGUUCAUCUAAUGUUUUAAUUAAGACAUUUGAUAAAUCGGUGGGAAACAAAUGAUCAUUAUAUACAAAUACAAAUUAUAUAAAAUAUGCUAGAUUUGUCACGUUAUGAACAGAGCAUACACGCGGUUUUUAAGUAAAAAAAAAAAAAUUAUAUCUAUACAUAAUAUGUAUUUUAUGUAGAGCAAUGGAAUGACACCUUUAAUGUAUGCAGUCAAAGAAAGCAAAACAACAUUCCUUGAACGUUUGAUAGACCUCGGAUCUGAUGUUACAGUUAGAAAUGUGGUAAGUACUAAAUAAUUUUACUACAAUAAUACAUUGAUACAAUACCCUAAAAUAUGAUAUGAUAUUAUUACGCCUAAGUACAUAAAUGUUGAAAACUAUAUUUAAUUUAAUACGACUUACUAAAACUAAACAGGCAACUCAUGAAAAACCUUUAUUAUACCAAGAACUAAUUUAUCAUCAGGUUGCAAAUUUAUUAAGGCUAUAGUAAAGAUAGUUUUUUUUUUCUUAAUAUGCAUUCCGGUCACGCGAAAUUAUUUGAUCGUUUGUCUUCCGUUUUUCUAUAAUAUAACGACUUGUGCUAAUGUAACUACGCCCAAUUCAUUAAUCAUUUGGAUAAAUAAUAAAAAUAUGUAAAAAUGAUUUUUAGGAUAAUUUUAAUGCAUUGCAUUUAGCUGCGACCUACUCCAGAGAAGACGUAAUAAAAGUGUUACUGCCAAAAAAAGGAGCAGACGUUUACUCUCCAGGGGGAGUAUGUUAUAUUUUAUUUUAUUUAAUAUAGGUACUUCUUAUUUAAGAAUUUUAAUUUAUCAUUAAUUUGAAAUUAUAAGCCAAAACAACAAACAGCCAUACACAUGGUAGCAAGUAGGCAGACUGGAACAGCAACAAGCAUACUUCGAGUACUUCUAGGUUCUUGUGGAAAGGAUAUUCGGACCAUUGCCGAUGGGGUAUUUUUUAAUUAUAUUUUUAGUUAGCUGUGACAAAGAUAAAAAAAAUUUUAAUUGUAUAUAGGAUGGAAAAAUUCCACUUUUGUUAGCCGUUGAAACUGGUAACCAGUCUAUGUGCCGUGAACUACUAUCAACCCAAGCGGUAGAACAGCUUAAGUACAAAACUAAAUCCGGUGAUAUGGCUAUUCAUUUAGCCGCUAAAAGAAAAGACAUUGAUAUGAUAAAAAUAUUAAUUGACUAUGGUGCUAGUGUGGAUAGUCAAAACGUAGGUAUCAAUAAUGGAUAUAUUAAUUGUUUAAAGUUUAACCGUGUUAAUUUAUAUUACUUAACUUAAUUAUUCAAUAAAAGGGCCAAGGACAAACAGCACUCCACAUUGCUUCAGCAGAUGGAGAUGAAGCUUUAGUUAAAUAUUUUUAUACUGCUAGAGCAAGUGCUUCUAUAACAGAUAAUCAAGGUAAAUUAAGCAACAUUUUUAUGUUUAAUUAAUUUGAUAAAUAGCUUGAAUUAAAAAUAUUAUCUACAAACACAAAGACCAAAAAUAAUAAUUAGUAAUAAUAAACCAUUGAAUUGACAUUUAAUUAUUUAGUAUUUCAUAAGAAUAAAGUUCUAUAAAACACUCACAAUAGAAUAUUUAAUCAAUAAAUUAAAAUUUUAAACUGUAGGUAAUUAAUACAAGCUUGAUACGAAACGCCAACAGUUAAAAUGCCGAAAGAUUUAAACAUCGAUAGAUUAAAAUAUCGACCAAUGACAAUGUCAACGGCUAAAAUAUCAAAAUAUCAAUUUAAAUAAUAAAAAAAAAAAAAUAUAUAAAAUUAAUAUGAUGUUACAGUGUUUUAUUAUAUGGAAUCAGGAACAGAAAAACUCAUAUGAGGGGGUUUACAUAUAUAGAAUUGAAUGCAUGGCCAUGAAUGAAAAACGUUAAUAACGAAACGCCAAUAUUAUUUUACCAUUAUUUUCUCCACAACCAUGGCCUGUUGUCAUUAAUAAUAUAAUCACAAAAACCCAAAAUAAAUUUGAAGUUUGGCAUAAACGUCGGGAGUACUUAGUUAGUGCUUCACGUUAUGGGUUAUUUCGACUUCGUCAGUAGGUAACAAAAUCAAAUGGAAAUCACAUGGGUAGGCUUUACUUCGUGGAGAACUUCGCCCAAACUCUAAACAAGAAAAUAUACAGACAUAUUUCACACGAUGGGUGGGCCUCUGUUGUAGAUGAGAAGUUGGGAAGGAAGGAUAUAGAGGGAAAUUUAAUGUAUAUCCGCAUGCAACGAUUAAUAUUUGCUAACGAAAAACGAUUCGCAGCGAAAGUUCGGUUAUACAUGUUUUAAAAGGCCGUAAUAUUUACAAUUUUCAUCAAAAUUUGAUAUUAAAAUUCUUAUUUAAAUAAAAUAUACUACCUAUAUAAAAAGUUAUUUCCAAAAAAAAAAUAAUUAAAAAAAACAUCAUAUGGAUAUUUUGGAGCUUUUACAAGAAUUUUUACCAGAUUUACAAUACCGUAUAACAUGGUAUUAUAAUAAUUAUUAUAAAAUAAAUUUAAAAUUAAGAAUUUUAUAUUUAUUUAUUUUAAAUGUAUUAUUUAAAUACAUUUAAAUUUGCUGAUAACGCUUUUCUAUCGAUAUUUUUCGAACUUGCCGACAUUUAACGUUUCGAUAUUUCGUACCUUCUGACAUUUCGAUUAGUUAUUAGUAUUUUGAUACCUUUAUUCACUGUUCAGAUAUAUUAAUUCUAAUUUUACAUUAUUUUAUUAUUUAGACCGAACCCCAAUGCAUUUGGCUGCGGAAAAUGGACAUGCAAAUAUCAUUGAAUUAUUAGUUGAUAAGUUUAAAGCUUCCAUAUAUGAACGAACUAAAGAUGGAAGUACUCUUAUGCAUAUAGCUUCAUUAAAUGGACAUGCAGACUGUGCAAUGAUGUUAUUUAAAAAGGGUGUAUAUCUGCACAUGCCAAAUAAAAGCGGAGCAAGAAGUAUACAUACAGCCGCAAGAUAUGGGCACGUUGGAAUUAUUAACACAUUAUUGCAAAAAGGAGAAAAAGUUGACGUUACAACAAAUGUAAAUAAAUCGUACUUGUUGAUUUAAUUUAAAAUAUACUUUAUAAAUUUAUUUUUAAAUUUUUAGGAUAAUUAUACUCCGUUACAUAUAGCAGUGGAAUCUGUAAAGCCAGCAGUAAUAGAAACCUUACUGGGAUAUGGAGCCGAUGUUCACGUAAGAGGUUAGUUUGGAUAUGAUCUCUCAUUUCCAUUUACUUACCAUUCCAAUUUAUAGGUGGAAAGCUUCGAGAAACUCCACUACAUAUAGCUGCUAGAGUAAAGGAUGGCGAUCGCUGUGCACUUAUGCUACUAAAGUCUGGAGCGGGUCCUAAUUUGGCAAUGGAUGAUGGACAAACUCCAGUGCACGUAGCCGCCCAGUAUGGAAACCUUAUAACACUUCAGCUCUUAUUAGACGAUGGUGGUGAUCCACUUUUUAAGAACAAAGUAAAAUUUAAAAUAAUAUUUAACUUAUUAUUUUUUUUUUUUGUUAUUAUUAUUGUCAAAAUAUAUUAAUGAAACAGGUUGGUGAAACUCCAUUGCAUUUAGCCUGCAGAAGUUGUCAAGCUGAUAUUGUCGGACAACUUAUUGAUUUUGUUAAAAAAAAACAAGGAGACGAAAUAGCAAAUUCAUAUGUAAAUAGUGUUAAUGAAGAAGGUGCAUCUGCCUUACAUUAUGCUGCUAAUAUAAAUAAAUCUGAAGUCAAUGUAUCCAAAACAAAUCAUGAUUCUAAAGUUAUAAAAUUACUUUUCGAUGGUGGAGCCGACAUUAAUUUAAGGACAAAACAGGUAAUAUAUAUCCUAUACAUGUACCUAAUUUUAGUAGGUAGAUACCUACGUACAUUAAUAAUACCUAUUAACCUUUAUUACUUUAUACAUAGUUUGUAUACAAAUGUGUACAUAUGUAUAAGUAUAACUAGAGGUUCUAAUAACAGUUACUAUGUAUACUAUUUAAUGAAUAUCAAUUUUGAUAAUAUUAACAUAAUACUUGUAGGUACCUAUCCUGUAAUAUUUCUAAUUUAGAUGGUUAUACUACUCAAACUAAUAAAAUUAUAAUUAUUAUUUAAAUUAGAUUAAUAAUACCUAGAGUUUAAAAUACAUUAACGAUAUUGAAUUCUUUCAAAUAAAAAAUUACAUUUAAAAAGAAAAUCUAAUUUUUAUUUAUGGUUUUUUUCUAUAGCACCAUGAAACCGCUUUACAUUUUUGUGCUGUAGCAGGCAAUAACGAUGUACUUACAGCAAUGCUGGAUGGUAUGUCUCCAUCCGAAGUACAACAAGCAAUGAAUCGUCAAUCAAACGUUGGUUGGACUCCUUUGUUGAUUGCUUGUCAUAGAGGUCAUAUGAGUUUAGUAAACACCAUGUUAAAUAACCAUGCAAGAGUAGAUGUAUUCGAUAACGAAGGCCGGUCAGCACUUCAUUUAGCAGCUGAAAGAGGAUACCUGAAAGUAACACAAUUAUUAAAAUACCAAAAAUAUAAGUAUUAAAUUUAAAAAUAAAUAUCGUAUUAGGUAUGCGAUGCCCUAUUGACACACAAAGCUUUCAUAAACAGUAAAUCGAGAGUUGGCUGGACAGCAUUACAUUUAGCAGCUAUGAACGGUUUUGCAGACCUUUGCCGGUUAAUAUUAUCAUUUUUAAUACUAAACUAUUUACUUGCCAAGUUAAAAUGGAUUUUUUAUUCAAAAGGUUUUUGAUCCAUGAUCAUAAUGCUGUAAUCGAUAUACUUACUCUGAGAAAACAAACACCUCUACAUUUAGCUGCAUCUGCGGGUCAACUGGAAGUGUGUCGGUUGCUUUUAGAUUUGGGUGCAAAUAUAGAUGCGACUGACGAUCAAGGGCAAAAACCAAUUCAUAUUGCUGCACAGAAUAAUUUUCCAGAAGUUGUACAGCUAUUUUUGCAACAACAUCCGCAAUUGGUUUUGGCUAACACUAAAGUAAAUAUUUUCACGUAAAUUUAAUUUAAAACUACUUUUUAAUAAUCGACAAAUUUAUUUUAGGAUGGAAAUACAUGUGCUCAUAUAGCAGCAAUGCAAGGAUCUGUAACUGUUAUCAUAGAAUUAAUGAAAUUUGAUAAAAAUGGUGUAAUUUCUGCUAGAAAUCGUAUUACUGAGGCCACACCGCUACAGUUAGCUGCUGAAGGCGGUCAUGCUCAAGUGGUUAAAGUUUUAGUUAGAGCAGGCGCAUCUUGCUCAGAUGAAAAUAAGGUAUGUACAUAAUACACAAAUUAAACAUUUCUAUUUUAAUUAUUAAUACAAUUCAACAAUUUUACGUUCCAGGCAGGAUUCACCGCUGUUCACUUGGCAGCACAAAAUGGCCAUUUAUCUGUACUAGAAGUAUUACGUUCAUCUCAAUCCCUAAAAAUAUCUAGUAAGAGACUUGGUAUGACAGCGCUUCAUAUGGCAGCAUAUUGUGGUCAAACAGGUAUAUAUAAUCUAAAAUGGUAAAUUAUUCUUUUCACUACCGAAUUAAAUCCACGAAAGACAAAAAAAUGAUUUUUAAAAUUCUUUUAUUAAUACACUUCUUAGGGGAAGUUUACCAAGUUUGUAGAAAAUUAGAACAUUGGGUGAGAAGUUGAUUUAAAAGAAUAUUUUUUAAUAAAUCUAUAUUUACGUAUUUGACUUCUAUAUUGAAAAUACAUACAAGGUAUUUAGUAAUAUUUUUCAAACUAUAACCAGUUAUCGUUGUCAGAUUUGCUGUGAUCACACGUAUAAUACCAUGUAUCUUAAAUCAUAUACAAUAUAUGAUCUAAGGAACACACUGAACUCUAAACAGAGGUUAUACAGAUGUAAAGAGUUUAGUAUAUGAACAUAAGAGUGUUUCUCAUAUUGAAGGUAAAUAUUUUAGAUUCUGAGUUUAGCGAAGAAUGUAUUGGUUUUCUAAGAUGUUUAUUUUUUUUUAUACUGUGUACAAAAAUUCGACCAGAAAUCUUGCUCAGAUAUAUACGCAUGCCACCAUUUCUCAAAAGGAAUGUUGUCCACAUAGUACUUUUGGGAGGUCAAAAAAAUUUACAUUUGCCUUUUCUAAAAGUGGUAUAAUUUUCAACAAAUUUAAGCCAUUUUUGAGCUAUUUAUAGACAUUUUGAUUUUGUGAAUUUUGUAUGUAAUUUUUAUUCGCUAGGUACUCUAUAGUUUGACUUGAAACAGGAAUGCUUGACAAUUUAACGGGAGGUUCGUUAGGAGUCUAAAUUUGUAGUAAAAAAAAAAAAACAAAUUAAGAUUAAUGUAGUAUGUUUUUUGUGUAAUGGAAUUUUAAUAUUAAAUUUUGACGAAAAUCGUUUGAGUAAAAAAUUAUGUGGUAUAAAUCUAAUUUAUAAAUUUUUUUUUUCUGAACAUAUGUAUACUGUCGAUUUAAAAACGGUGGAAAAGUUAGAAUUAAGCGGAUUGACUAAGUUUCAAAAUUAUAGCUUUUUGAAGUUCUGAUAUUUUAUGUUAUGUUAAAUAAUUCUAUGUUGGACUUGUUCAAACAUAUUUGUCGUGAUCUAAUGGUUAUUUAUGCCUAUUAUCAUUCUAGGGGUUUCGAGUCCAAACUAGUGUUUCGUAAAAAAACAUUUUGCAUUUGUUUGCCUUUUACCUGAACAAGAAAACACAAAUGCUUUUUGAGCGUACCUAGAGAUCCAAGUCAUUGCUCGCUCGAACUAUUUUAAUCACAAAAUACCCCUUGAUUUGUUGUGCAAACUUUUCUUCCAGAAAUUUCUUUCCGAUUAUACAUAUCAUUUUUUCUAAUAGAAAAUCGGACUGGGAAGGUACUUUAAAGAGGUCAUUUUUCGAUUUUCCCAAGAGUUUUCCCAGCAAAUGUGAAAAACCAGGGAAAAACAUGGGAAAAUCAGGAAAAUCGGUAAAAUAUUAGACAAAUAUUAUAAAAGAAAAAAUAUAAUGCCUAUUUUAUUAUUUUACUUAAAUAUGACAUAUAUAUUGUUGACAAAGCAUCACUUUCAACUGAACUGCGCUCAAAAUCGUUUUUUCGUUAACAAUGGUUUAUCGUUGCUUAUAGAUACACAUUAAAUUACCUAUAACAGUGACUGCACCCGUCUCCAUUAUCCUAAGUUGUCUUUCUUUUUCUUUUUUUUGUCCUACCUUACUUUUGUGUACUUGCAUAAAAAUAUGAGUUGGAUACAAAUAAUAUUAGGUCAAUAUAUUAAUGUCAACCCGUGCCGACUUGAAUUUGAAAUUCGAGUACUUAAAUUCAUCUGAUCAUAGGUAAUUUAUUGAAAUAUUUAAUAUUUACCGGGCCGGGCCGGGCUAAAUCUAUGUAAACAAAAUAUUGGACGGGCUUGGGAUUUAAAAAUCAGGCCCGUGCAGUGCACUAGUAGGUACCUAAUGUAAUUAUAAUACUUACCUAUUUUUUUAUUCAAUGUUACUAUGCUUAGAUACUGUUCGAGAAUUAUUAUCUCAUAUACCAGCAACGGUAAAGUCUGAUCCUCCAGCUGGAGUAAGCGUAUUGGGUGUACUUGGCAAUGAAUCUGGAAUGACACCAUUGCAUUUUGCUGCUUAUAGCGGUAAUGAAAACGUUGUCAGACUACUGCUCAAUUCUGCUGGAGUUCAAGUUGAUGCAACUACAGUUGAAUCUGUACGUUUUUAAUUUUCUUUACUAAAAAAACAACAAAAUAUGAACUACCUACCUAUUUUUAAUAAUAUAUUUUAAGGGCUACAAUGCACUUCACUUGGCAUGUUUCGGUGGUCAUGUAAAUGUAGUCGGACUUCUAUUAUCAAGGGCAGCAGAUCUAUUACACAGCUCUGAUCUUAAUGAAAAAACGUGUUUACACAUUGCUGCUACUUAUGGUCAUUAUGCCAUGGUAGAAGUUUUGCUUGGACAAGGUGCCGAAAUAAACGCAACAGAUAAGGUUUUUUAAAAUAUAUUAAAACUUCAUUUUAUUUUCACUGUUAAAAUACAAAUAAAUAAUAAUAUGCAAAUAAAUAGAAUGGAUGGACAGCAAUGCACUGUGCUGCUCGAGCUGGAUAUUUAAAUGUCGUAAAACUCUUAGUCGAAUCUGGUGCUUCUCCUAAAGCAGAAACCAAUUAUGGUGCUUCGCCUAUAUGGUUUGCAGCUCAAGAAGGUCAUAAUGAUGUCUUAGAAUACUUAAUGACCAAAGAACAUGAUACUUACGGUUUAAUGGAUGAUAGACGAGUACCUAUAUAUUAAAUUGUUAAAGAUAAAAGUUAAAUAAUUACACUAAAUACUAGAUUUAAAGAAUAUUUUUUUUUUCAGUUUGUCUAUAAUUUAAUGAUUUGUAGCAAAAAUCAUAAUAACAAACCUAUUGAAGAAUUUAUUUUAGUAUCACCUGCACCUGUAGAUACUGCCGCAAAACUUUCCAGUAUAUAUAUUAACUUAUCAAAUAAGGUAAUUAUUAAAAUAUUAUAAAACUAAUUUAUGUAUAAUAAUUUAAAACUAAUGUUAUAAAUUAUAUAUUAUUAUAAAGUAAAAUUAUAACUUUAACAAAAUAUUAUACUUAUGUAUAAACUACUGAGUACUGGUAUAAUAUGAUGUAAUACUUAAUUUAAAUCAACAUUGUUUAAUAAUUAGGAAAAAGAGAGAGCAAAAGACUUAAUAGCUGCAGGAAAACAAUGCGAAACAAUGGCUACUGAACUAUUAGCACUAGCUGCUGGUCAAGAUUCAGCAGGUCGCAUUCUAACAGCUUCUGACCGAAGAAAUACUGAAUUUUUAGAUGUUCUUAUUGAAAAUGAACAAAAAGAAGUAAUAGCACAUACUGUUGUUCAAAGGUAUCUACAGGUUAGUCAUUAUUUAUGUUCAACUAUUAUUUAAAAUAUCUUUACAUUUUAUAUGAUGAAAUUUAGGAACUUUGGCAAGGAAGACUGAACUGGGCUGGUUGGAAAACACUACUUAUGUUCUUAGGAUUUAUUGCUUGUCCUCCAUUAUGGAUAGUGUUUACAUUACCUCUAUGGCACAACUAUAGUAAAGUACCAAUUAUAAAAUUCAUGUCAUAUUUAACAUCUCAUGUUUACUUGAUGCUUCUAUUGCAAAUGGUUGCUAUAACACCAUAUUAUAGAGCGUCACGACACAAUUUAUUUCCAUAUUGGUAUGAAUGGUUACUACUGGUAAGCAUCAUCAAGAAAAAUCUAAAUUAAUUUAAAAUAAUACUACCUUGUUCAUUUAGGUUUGGUUAAGCGGUUUGUUACUAUUUGAACUAACUAAUCCAAGUGACAAAAGUGGAUUAGGAUGGGUGAAGUUAGCUGUUCUCUUAUUAAGUGUAAUAGGAGUGGCAUUCCACUUGGUCGGUUUCUUUGGACUUGUUUCCAGCCCAUAUCUUCCUACAGUUAUGUAUCUACGAAAUCAAAUGUUUGCUAUAUCAUUUUUAAUGGCAUGUGUUCAAAUAUUGGAUUUCUUAUCAUUCCAUCAUUUGUUUGGACCUUGGGCUAUAAUAAUUGGUGAUUUGAUGAAGGAUUUAGCAAGAUUCUUGGUAGUGCUAAGCAUUUUUGUGUUUGGGUUUUCAAUGCAGAUUGUAGCUAUGAACCACCCUAUUGGGGCAAAAUUGGAAAAAAAGGACAAAGAUUUAUUUGCAGAAGGUAGAUUAACUUAAACAAAUAUAUAAAAAUAACAAAUAACAAAGGAUUAACUUUUUUUUAGUUUUAAUGAGUCCGGUCGAUGCAUUUGAGUUACUUUUUUUCGCUGUAUUUGGUAUGGCAACACAUAACGAACUAAGAAAAGCUACUGAUAGUGAUCAACCUCCAUGGACUGUUUAUUUAUUUAAAGCUGUCUUUGGUGUCUAUAUGUUAGUAUCAGUUGUUGUACUAAUUAACUUGCUUAUUGCUAUGAUGAGUGAUACUUAUCAAAGAAUUCAGGUAAAUUUAUUACAUAUUAACAUUAUUUUUGAGAAAGUAGGUAUAAUUAUUAUUUUAACUAUUGGAUUCAACUAUAACUAUAAUUUAUACUUUGUAUUAAAUUAGGCACAAUCAGAUAUAGAAUGGAAGUUUGGAUUAGCAAAGUUAAUUAGAAAUAUGCAUAGGACAACUACAACACCUUCACCUUUAAACUUAAUUACAACUUGGUUCAUGUAUUUGCUAGAGAUAUGCAAGAAAAGAGGUAAAAAUUCGCAAAAGACAAAUAUUCAGGAAACACUUACGAACUUUUCUAAACUGUUAAAUACAGUUCAGCAAAAAAAGCGUCCGAGCUUAUCACAAAUGGUCGAUAUGAAAACCAAAGGACGAGUGAGUGCCAGGACUCGAAUGGGCAAUAAAUGGUUAUCCAAAGUUAAAAAAGCUCAAGUAGUACCAAGAGGUAAGAAAAAAUAUUAUAACCAACAAUGACAUUAUUAUAAUAUAAAUGUAAUACAUGUUUAGAAUCUAUAUCAGUUAGUGUUGUACACUUGAGUCCGUUUGGGUCAACGAUUAGCUUUACAAGUUUAUCAAACCGCAUUGAAACUGUAACGGAUUGGGAUUCUAUUGCAAAGAAAUAUAGAGCACUACAAGGUGCAAGUGAAAAUGAUGAAAGGGAAGAUACAAAAGCUUCAAAUGCAUCAAUGGAACAUUUAACAAGAAGUAAUAGUGAAGUACCAUCAGAUCCACAACCAUUAUUGACAAAUAACAUAAAUAAUAUUCCUUAAAAACUAAAAUUAUGUAAAUAACUUC